CAUAAAGAAUAGAAUACAAACAUACUCAUCAUGUGAGCUACCUACAAAUGUGUUAAUAGUAUUUAUCAAAAAGAAGUUUAGCUUUAGUGACCAUCUUUUCGUGCUCUAUAUUAAACAAUUUCAUCAUAAUUAGUAUUUUACCUUUUGUGCUAAGGUUUCAUCUAUGUAUGUAGCUAGGCAAUCUUUUCAUUCAUUUCAAACAAUAAAGCCUAUAAAACUAGUUAUAACUUAGUUUUUCUUUUUGACCUUUUCUAUUCCCUUUUUAAACCAUUAGUUGUUUUGCAUGAUCAAUUCCCACUAAUAAAAAAAAAAUUAUCCCUCUCAUUGAUUUAAAUUGGAUAAAGAGAGAGAGAGAGAGAGAUGCAACGAAAUGGGAAUAGCACCUCCGCAUGCGCAUCAUGCAAGCACCAACGGAAGAAGUGCACCGACAAGUGUACGUUGGCGCCCUUCUUUCCGGUGGAAAAGAGUCGCGAAUUCCAAGCGGUGCACAAGGUGUUUGGAGUGAGCAAUAUCACCAAAAUUAUUACAAAUCUAAAAGAAGAAGAUCGGAAAAUAGCGGUGGAUUCGCUAGUGUGGGAAGCCCUAUGCCGGUACAAGGAUCCGGUGCUCGGCCCAUAUGGAGACUAUAGAAGAGUUUGUGAGGAGCUGAGGUUAUUCAAAGCCCAAUUUCAACAAUUUCAACAACUACCACCUCAAGAAUUGAUGGGUAAUUGGACCAAUACCAAAGUUAUCAACAAUAUUAAUACCAAUAACUUUCAGAGCAAUGGGAGUUUUUGCCCUUAUGGAUAUACUGAAAAACUAUGUGCUGAAAGUGGAAGUGCCUCUGCUCUAAUUAUACCGCACAACCGUUUACCUAAUCCUUUCAAUCAACAAUUCUUCCUUGCAGGCCAAUACAACCCUAUGGAUUCCAAGUCCAUGGAAAGCACACUCUGGGAAGCCAGCUCAUAAAUUAUUGAUUCUGAUAUGCCCUCUAAUUAUAAUAUCAUAUAUAUAUUUUUCAUGUAUGUAUGUUUUCCUUUUCUU